UGCAAAGCCAGCCAGCCAGUUGGUCCAGCCACUCGCCCACCCGCCCACCCAUCUCCAGCUUCCAGCCCUGAUCCCCCCGGAUUAGCGCCCGCCCCCUGGGACACCCGCCCGCCCAUGCUCGAGCCGCCGAUCGUCCACUCACCCCCUGCCUCCCCCGUGUCUCAAGCGGCGUCCGGCUGAGGCCUCAGAGUGCGAGGCUGGACUGCGUGUUGGGCCGCCGGGUCAUGGCCUCGUCGGUCUCGGAUUCGCGGGCGGAUUUAACGGCCGCGCCGGCCGGUCGAGCCACCCGUGCUUCAAGGAAGGCUCAGUUGAGCCAAGGUCGCGCCCCGCCCCCCAUUAAAGAGGUCAAAGUCACACGGAGUACGAAAUCUGAAUCGUCGAUGCUCAACGGAAAUCACAGUGACAAAGAUAUAUCAGCGAAGCAGCCCCCUCCGCCGGUGUCCAGGCUGAAGUCCGAGCCGGAAGAGCAGAAGACGGAGACCGCCUCUGAUCCCGCCCCGACCGAUCGGUUGGCUACGGUCCAGUCUGAGACUGACGUGAUGUCGGACGUCGAACGAGAUGAUGAGCAAGCUGAUGAGGAGGUGAAAGCCAUCAUGGGCGGGGAGGAUAAAUCGACCGAAGAAGACGAAGAGGAUGCGCGGUCCAUCGACGAUGACGAACCGCCGGAAAUAUUAGCCGAAGUUCCGCCGGAUAAGCUUGAAGCACCCGAUCCCGAAAUUGUCGAGCUCUCCGAUGACGAGUCGGGUGAGACUCAAGAUGACGAAGACGAUGAGGACGAAGAAUCCGAGUCCGAGGAGGACACGCCUCGUGGCAACCCCGAUUUACCGCCCGGUGAAGGGGCGGAGAAAUCGAUCGAUAGCACUUAUCUGUUGCCCUUUACCUUGGGUUGGGUGCGUGAAGUGGUCAAACGUAUGCCUAAAGGCCAAGGCGCCACCCAAUAUGACGUGUACUACAUCCCACCCCCAGACACGAAGUAUCGUACGCGAGAAGCCAAACGCAAGCGUCGAUCCAAAGCGGAUCAGGAGAAGUAUUUCAUCGACUUCCCGUCCGAGCAGCUCUCGGUGGCCAACUUCAAUUACGUUCGCCGACCAUUAGGAUUGAACAAUGCGGCCUAUGAAGUGGUACGCAAGGCCAACUUGUACGAUCCACCGCCUCAGAGUGAAGGCUCCAACAAACCCGAGGCCAUUAAGUGCGCGGCCAAGGCCAAGAACGCCGGCGGAAAGCGUCAGAAAGUCAGUUACAAAGAGGUGGAUGAAUCAGCCGGGUUGGUCGAAAGUGAUGACGACUUUGGUUUCGAGGAGGAAAAGAUCGAGUUCAAAGAAGGCUUGGAUCUGGAUAUGCCCAUCUCUUUGCAAAUCAUCAAUCAUUGCACGGCCAUGCGCACUGAGAACAAAAAGCGGCGACGGGUCCGAGAUCCGGAAACCUGUUGCACACCCCCUUUGGCCGAGGACAUGCUUUGGUCCGGCUUGGUCAACGAUCCCAUGGGCGUGUUCACGGAGUUGGGUGGCCGGAGUAGUCCGGUCACGCCUCCUCCCUUGCGUGCGAUGCGAUUGACUCCGUUGGAAACGGCCAAGAAAAUCGUGGACGCCCUGAGCAACAUCAAAGUGGAAGCGGCUAAAGUGAGCAUAGAGAAGGAACCUGAACUGAAAGAAGAUUUGGCCUCGCAUGACUUGGCCAUACGGAAAUUCCGGAAUUUUGUUCAACACGCCAAUCGCAAUACUUUCUCCAAGAUGAACGAUUUUGCCGCUUAUCAACCCCCCGGUAGCCAUCAACUCAAACGCCAGGGAUGGACAUACAUGAAACCCCGGUCAAACUUGGACUUCAAAGUGAAAGUGAAGCUGCCCAUGCCCAUUAUCAAUGGUCGACGACCCGUGGUGGAAUUGGUCAUGGAGCAAAACGGCAAAUACAUACCUAUCAAAUUCUCGAACAAUAUGCAAGUCACCGAGGCCAUUCCCAAGUCUUUAUUCGAGAAGGCCAACAGUAUGCGAAAGACGUUCUAUCAAAAUGCCACCAAAGUUCCCAAGGUGGGCAACAAGCCCAUCUUCUUGGCCGUGAACCCGUCGAGUUCAGCGGCCAAACAACUCCUGAAUCCGUCUCAGCCGCAACGCAAUCAACAACGCGGAAACCCAUCCACGCGUGUCUCUCAGCAACACCCAAUACUGCAAAAGCUCCAACACCAACAAAAGCAAGCCCAACAAGCGACCGCCGCUUCCCAUCGCCCUCGAACGCACGGCAAUGGAGGCGGAGUUGUUGGCCGACCCCCCAAUUCACAGUCAGCUCAAGCUCGCCGCAAUUCCUCUCAAAGUGGCCCAUCUCGAGGCGGCGGCCGACGACCCACCAACCCCUCAACCGGGCCCUCCACCGAGCAAGUGUCCAUUUUGGUUCGACCCCAAAAAGGUUUUCCGGCCAAGCCCGUGCUUUUGAACGUGCCCAGGUCGGUGGCUGUGAAAGUGAAACCCGGCACGACCUUGUCAUUCUCCGCGUCGAAUGACCAGAAGUAUGUUGUGAUAGACAGUAAAAUUCAUCCGCCCGUGGGCGUGCUCAGUGCCAAUGGGGCCGCGGUCAAUCGGACCGGUCGGCCUGGACUCAACAAUCGAGCCCUGUCCUUCUCAAGACUGUCUCAGAAUAGCAAUCCGGUCCCGAGAAGAAAUCCCAAUAUCCCCAACGGCCUUCCAAAUCUGCCUAACCUGCCCAAUCUUCCCAAUAGUGUGUCCAUUCGACCUGUGGCAGGAAACUCGUCAUCCCCUCAUACAAAUCAUCGAGGGCCCUCAGUGUCGAGCACGUUUCCCCGUCGAAAUGUGCCCAUUAAGUCGGCCGUUCGAGGAGGGGUGCGGCGACCCGCGAGCGGUCACAUCCGGCAGCCCCCUCAGAAGACCAUGAAAACCGCCUCUUCAGUUUUGUCCUCGGGAGAAGUUGUUAGUGGCAAAUCGCCUAUGGAACCCUGUACGCCUUAUUGCCCGGGCGUACAAGGCAUCCCCGAGCUGGAAUGUCGAAGUUGUCAGUCCUUGUUUCACGCCAAAUGUGUGGGUAUCAAUCAAAUGGCUCUGAAUAAGGUGAAGGAGAAUUUCAGAUGCAGGAUGUGUCUUCCGUCAUCUCGAGGCAGCGUUUCUACCUCGACGGCGCCGCAGGUGAUCGACUUGGAUUAAGUUCCAUUAAUCUCAGAAUUUCAUUUGGAUUUGAUCCAAAUUUCAUCCUCUACGUUCACCCUUGAACUCGAUUCAUUUCCCGCCUCGCCGAUUCGUGUCUCCUUCCCGGUGGGCCAAAAGAGAGCAUCAUCAUCGUUCAUCGAGUGUUCUCUCCAAGUGUAUCCUUCUCUCUCUCUCUCUCUCUCUCUCUCUCUCUCUCCUUCCCUCCCCCCCCCUCCCCUACCACUCCCACUCCCACUCCCAUGACUGAAGACGGGAAGAAAACGAACCAUUUCACCAAAGUUGCCUUUAAAAAGAGGACAGCCCCCCAGUUUGUUCCUUAAACACACACACACACACGCACACAAAAGAAAGAUCAGAGAUUAUUCUCCUUGACGAUAUAUAAUGAAUAUCAGUGACGAACAUCUCGCUGAACCUGUCACUUCCAAACCUACCUACCUACUUACCCAUGAUCUUAACUUAAGAAACACAUAAUAUACUGAAAAUUUGAAAAUAACCCUUUAGGUCACACUCGAGGUUGAGUUUAUUUCCCCUGGCCCGGUUAGUUUGCCAAGAAAGGGCGAAUGAUUUGAUUAAGCAAGAACUCGUCAGACAUCCGCAAAUGGUUUCCUUCGCAUUCCAAGAAGACCAGCUUGCCCUGUUCAUCCAUGGCCUUUAACCCAAUCCAAUCCUCUUUGUACAAAGUGGUCUCAUUGAAGGGCAACAUGACCUUAGCUUGGCCAGGCGCAUAGAAUGAGAACCAUUCGGUCCCUUUCGGGUCCACCAUUGUGUCCUCGGUGAACUUGACCAUCACAAACUUCUCCAACUUCAAGAGGUUCUCUUUGUAGUUGGGAUUCUUGGGGGAGCGUUCAUUGUUGAUCUCGGCGAUGAAAAGGCUCCUAUCUCUGUAUGUGGCCUCGUCCAAAGGGUCGUGCCAAUACUGAGCUUGUACGAGGAAGUUUUGGACCCAAUGUGUGUAGGCUCCAUAAUUGAGCAGUCUGCGCACGUAGUCGCAAAUGAUGUGGCUUUCUCCCAUACAUUGAGGUAACCCUAUCACAUCGAAACAGGAGAGAGAAAAUUAGCAUAGAAGGUAAGUGACCUUGACUGCUUGCUGAGUGUGUCAAAACAAUCACCCGGGAAACAAUCAAAUCAAGAGAGGAAAUGCCAGGCUCUCAUGUCGAGGAAGGGGUUUCCUCGAGGAUUUACAGUUCUUUCUUUUCCCUUACCAUAUACACCUUGAUGUUGCCCACCCACACUGAUGAGGUUCUUCAUGCCUUGAGGACAUCUUUGAGCCACGGCCCUCAGGAAUUGAGCUCCUUGAGAAAACCCAACAGCAUUAUACCUAGAGCGAGAAGGAGAUUGAAAUAUGAGAAAGAAAUACCAAUACAUUACGUACAAAAAACAAGAGCCUCCCUAAAGAAGGAAAAAAGACAAAGAGGUACUUAGUGUAUGACAAUGAGUUGUAAAUAUCACUGAAUAUAUCUUAGACUGUCGCUAGAGACGCAUGACCAACAAAGACCUUUGUUCUAGAUAUAGGAAAGUAUGCAAUUUCUAUUGCCCUCUUGACUAAUUCAGCCAUAUUCUUAAUUUUCAUUUCAUUCAUACAUUGAACGGAACUCGAAAGCAAUCUGUCGGUCCUCAUUGUUCCACAAUUUUUACUUGUGCUGGGGCAAAAAAAAAACUCCUGCAAAAGGCUGACCCCUUUUUUGGCUCGCCCAAGUCCGUUGGCUUUUAAUUUUUUUGCUGGACACCAACGCCGAAAAAGUUAGUCAUGUUUUUGCUGAGCUAAACAAAGCUAGGAUAAUUACCUUUUAAAGCUGAUCUCUUUCAUAAUCAAUUCAUGAAAGACCAAAGACCGUUUUCUAGAAUUCUAGAAAUCUUUUUUGACGAGUUCUGUCCAAAAAACUCGAGUCCGGCCCAGACUCUUUCAAUAUCCCUAAAAGACUCGAGUCCAUUCAGAAUCGAGUCCGGACUUGCCCCAAUGCUCUAAUUCUUAGCGUACUUCUUAUAUCCCGACCAAACAGACGCAGGUUCAAAAGGUCGCAUUAUCGAUCCAAAGGACAAAAAUAAUCACCCGUUUUGAAGCAAAGGAUCUGAGGCAAUCUUUUGACACACCAUCUCGACUUGGGUAUUGACGUCUAAGAAGAAGCCGUUCCGGGUGUCAUCGACAAAGGAGUUGCCAAUACGCACGCUGCGGACAUACACCCCAGGAAUGUGUUGCUCAAAGGUCCGUUUGAUGUAGCCCAUACUUAAGGGAUUGCAGCAAGUAUCACCCAUGCCAUGCCAAAUCACGAUCGGGGUGGGAUCGUUCACCCCCGGGGUUGUCCUGGACAAUUUCAGGAUUGAGUUUCCUUCAAUUGAAGCAGAAUU